UAUAAGAAUUCAUGACACAUAUUGUAGCUUAACAAAAGGUAUGUUUAUCUUUAUGAUGAUCCUGUCUCAUAAAGAGGAACCACAGAAUUGAUUCAACCACUGGAGAAGGAGGGAUUUGACUCUGUUAGUAGUGGACUCUUUGCAGCAAGACAAUCUGAACAGAACCAGUAUUCUAAAAAGCAUGUCUUUUUUGUUCCUCAUGCUUUCCACGCUCUGCUUGCCGUUUAUAUGUCCCCUCCUUUCUUCUUCUGAAUUGGCCGCGUACACUGAUUUACAUACUCUUUCCUCAUUGGUUGCCUGGAUGAUACACUUCAACAGGCUGCCCUCUGCUGAUUGGUUGCAUCUGCAGGAGGGCAUGGACCUCUCUCACCAAAACAGGCAUAAAAAGAAGCUGUGGGAAUCAGACGCACAAGAGCAUCCGAUAAGCAACUUUUAAGAGCUUUGACAGAGAGCCACUGCCAGAUUUUUAAAAAGCGGGAAGGUGGAAAAGAAAAGCAAGAAGAGCAGCUCAAGAAAAAGACUCACAUGAAACUGAUGUAAGGGAGAUUUUCAAGGACAACUAUUUAGAAAGGUAGAAGUCAGUGACAGGUGUUGACAUUUGCAGUGUCAGUUUUACAGAAGCUUUUGUAAGCACUGAGAAAGGGAGUCAACUGAGACUGGUUUUGGGACAUUUUCAUUUAUCAAAUAUUUUCAAAUAUCCCUUCAACAAAAAAAAAGCAGCAUGUCUCUGGAGGUGAAGGAGAAGACCCAGGUGCGAAUAGUCUUUCUGGGGGCAGCAGGAGUGGGCAAGACAGCCCUGAUCCAACGCUUCCUCCAAGACACGUUUGAGCCCAAACACAGGCGCACAGUGGAGGAGAUGCACAGCAAGGAGUAUGACAUCGGUGGGGUCAAGAUCACAGUAGAGAUCCUGGACACCAGUGGCAGCUACUCCUUCCCGGCCAUGCGCAAGCUCUCCAUCCAAAACAGCGACGCCUUCGCACUGGUGUACGCCCUGGAUGACCCCGAGUCACUGGAGGCUGUCAAGAGCCUCCGAGAUGAGAUCCUGGAGAUCAAGGAGGACAAGUACACGCCGAUCGUGGUGGUGGGGAACAAGUCAGACAAGGAGCAGGAGCGUCAGGUGUCCAACAAGGACGUGCUGUCAACCGUGGAGCUGGAUUGGAACAACAGUUACCUGGAGGCGUCGGCGAAGGAGAACACCAACGUGGUGGAGGUGUUCAAGGAGCUCCUGCAGCAGACAAACCUUCCCAGCCGUCUCAGCCCCGCGCUGCGUAGACGCAGGGAGACCUUUCCAAAAGACACAAACUUUCGUCCGCCCAUGAACAAGACCAACAGCUGUAUUCUGUCCUAAAGGUAGAGAGGGGGAGGAGAAGUGUUGUUUUUGUUUCACAAAGGGGACAUGAGACGAGAGCCCUCGGAGAAUAAGAUUAAAGAGAAAAGCCUGGACCUAAGUCAGAGGGGGCGUUAAGUGGCUGAGAUAAGUGAUUCUGGACCAGCAGAGGACACUUCAGGGUUCACAAACUGAGAGGGUCAGAAACCGAGGAGGUGAAUGGUAUUGAGACUUGACCUGAACAGACUGAUGCUGCGUUAAUCACUCAGUCGCUCACUCGAUGUAAUGUUGUUGCUGCUUAUUUGGUGACAUGACACAUAUGGUGUUUAGAUCAAUGUAUACCGUUUGGAUUUUAUAUCAAACUGUUCGAUUUUUUUGGGACUGUUGCCAACAGAUUGUUUACUGAGGGGGAAGGGUGGAAACAUGUUGUGGUACGUGCAGAAGUUGUACGUCUCACUUAAAUUGUUAUAAUUUAAUAAUUCAGUGUAUGUAGCACAUCAUGAUGUUUACAGUUUUUGUAUUGAAUUCCAGUUUGCCAUUGAGCAUUAAAUUACUUGUUUAAAAAAAAAAAAAGGUGGUGAAAUGCAAAUGUGAA